UUCUGGCCACCUGAAGUCGGUGGCACUGCCGCAGCGAUGAUGGAGGCACCCUGAGGUCCCUUAAGCAACCUAGACUGGCGAGGAGAGCGGCGCUUGCCACCUGGGAAUAUCUUGGGGUCCUUUCUCCUGCACGUUCUGAAGGAAAGCCUUCCCCCCCCACCUCGCCCCGCCUGCACACCUGGCUAGACGGCUAGGAAUUCCAGCAGGGACUCUGUGGGCACCCUUGCGGCUUCAUGAAUGUCUGCUCCAGGCAGCUGCACGCUGCAGAUUCACAAAGCCAGCUCUGAGAGCUUUGCUGCCACGGCUGACUUUGGGGGGACUCUGCUGGAGCAGACAAGGGGCAGGGCCUGGCCUGACAAAAUGCCCCCCUGCCCACCCCAGCAAGGCUGGACUCGGGGCACCUACCUCCCCUUGUACAACCCCCUGGCAGUGGGGGAGCUUGGGUCACAAGGGGAGAUGGAGCUAACUUGGCAAGAGAUUCUGUCCAUCUCCGAGUUGCAGGGCCUCGAAAUGCCAAGCGAGAGCUGCUAUGACCCAGCUUUGUGCAGCCUCAUGCAACCGAUGGUACCGGUUCCUAACUAUGGGCCAUGUGCAGUGAUGGGGGACAAUUCAGGUUCUGCCUAUGGGCAUCCUGCUCCAGCUUACGAGCACCCAUACCCAGAAACCUUGCCCGGCCCUCGCGCUCUCUACAGCUACACGGGCAUGCUGAUCUCAUCCACUCUUGAGCCUCCAGGAGCGAUCACACCAGGUGGAUGUAAAGGACCAGUACUGGACGGAAAUGUGGCUGGUAGUUAUGGACCACAGGGGUCUUGCAAGCCCCAGGAAGACCUGGAAUCAGAUUCUGGAUUAUCACUCAAUUACAGCGAUGCAGAAUCACUGGAGGCAGAGGGGCUGGAACGGGCAGAAUAUGCAUCUCUUUACCCCAUGGACCAUACACAAGCCUAUCCCAUGAUGGCCCCCGUGCCGGAGAUACCUUUCCCCACCCCACAAAUGGCACCUUUAGAGAAGGGACGGAGCCCACGUGGGGAACUGGCAGGCAGCCGUGAUGAGCGCCGGGCCAUGGCCAUGAAAAUACCCUUCCCCGUUGAAAAGAUUAUUAACUUGCCAGUGGAUGACUUCAAUGAACUGGUGUCACGCUUUCCCUUGAGCGAGCCGCAACUGGCACUUAUCCGGGACAUCCGCCGCCGCGGCAAGAACAAAGUGGCAGCUCAGAACUGCCGCAAACGGAAAUUAGAAACUCUGGUGCACCUGGAGCGGGAAUUGGCAGAGCUGAGCCGUGAGCGGCAGCGCUUGCUACGUGACCGUGGCGAGUUCGACAGGACUCUAACACUCACCAAGCAGAAGUUAGGGACUCUUUACCAUCAGGUCUUCUGCAUGCUUCGCGAUGAAGCCGGCAACACCUACUCCCCAGAGGAGUACUCAUUGCAGCUCACUCUCGACGGUGGCGUCUUUCUUGUGCCACGCAACAAACAGCCAGAUAAUGGUGCUGAUUGAUAACGUGGCAAAUAUAUAGACAGCAACUUUACUGAAGCCAAACGUUUCCCAGGAAUGACAAGAGGCUUGUUUGCGAGGCUAUCCAGGUCAGGAUUUGAGAUUAUCCAAAUGCCAAGAAUUGCAAGGAUCACGACACCUGAAAAAGCACAGCCAAAUUCAUGCCUUGGACAUUAUACCUUCUACCUCCUAUCAUGAAACAGUGAAAAGUAAGUUUCACUGCAUCAGGGGUAGACUGGCACAGGGACUGGAACGGGCAAACGAGUUUCAGUCACCAAUGUAUGUUAAAAAGGAGCAUAGCAAAAGAUUAAGACUAGCCAAGCUAGAACUAAAAUAUGGCUGGACCAGUAUCGAUCAUAACCCUGAGAUCCCCCUACUUUCCACUUAUGCUACCAAGCUCUUUCAAGCAUUAACAGAAUGUGUGCUGUGUGAUGGAAAGCACAGGUCAGCAAGAGGGAGAGCUAGCCCGUUGCCUACUCACUUUCAAGGUGCUGCAGUUUUUCCUUUCACCUGCUGCAGGGCACUUCGUGCUUUAACAGCAUUAAGGAAUUGUCCUCCCAGGCUUUAGAAUUACAUCCAAGUCUUUCCCCCCUUCCCUAGUCAGCUGAAUGCCCCCCCGUAAGUUAGCUGAAAAGGCCAUUUUAGAAGAAUGAGAUGUUUGAAAGUGACCAUGCACAUACCUUCCCUAAAGAAAUUCUGCAUAAAGCUCUAUUUGAACUAUACUAAUCAAACAUGCAACACCUCAUUUUAGGUUUUGUGGACAAGAUGCCCAGACAGACAGAAUCCAUAUCAGGUUGGUGCAGCAAUUUCAAUGUUCUAGGCGGAGAGAGAGCACAAUUACCAGCUUUAAAGGCAUGGCUAGGCUGCAACUCAAAUCCAGUUUUUCACCUCUUAAGUGGAAUCCAGCCCAUCUGCAUGAAGACUAGAGAAGGAUGGCUGUUACAAAAGACAGCCAAUGUUUUGUACCCCCAUCACACUUUUAGUGCAUCUUUCUGAAAAAAAGGUAUGGAGAGGCUAAGUAGCCCUCGCUAUGUCAAAUAUUUGCUUCUAAUAUAAAGUAGUUUAUUUUACCAAGCAGUGUUAGUUCUGUGAAUUAAUUUUUUAAAAAAUUAAACUGAAACCAUUCCUGCAACUGCAUUGGCAGUUUCUUAAAAGAUGGAGGUGCAACAGCGGCUUAUGCUCUUAAGUCUGCUAAAUUUGGUCGUGUCCAUCUACUCUGCAAGCCACUGUCAUCGAUGGGUGUCCCAAACAACCCAAGUGUAAAUAGCUGCACAAAAUACUUUGUACAGAAUAAACCACUGUUAACUCAUG